AUGGCCGACGCGAAGCCCGCUCCUAAGAUCUGGGUCCAGUCCAACGACUCUGCCAUCAUCGAGCUCGACCGUCAGGUUGCUGAACGGUCCGUUCUGAUCAAAAAUCUCAUCGAAGAUAUCGGCGACGAAGGGAUCACUGCUCAGAACCCCAUUCCUAUCCCCAAUGUCAACGAGGCUGUCCUGCGCAAAGUGGUAGAAUGGUGCGAGCAUCACCGCAACGAUCCUCCCCAGACCCAGGAUGACGAUAACGACGCUCGCAAGAAGACCACGGAGAUCGAAGAGUGGGACCAGAAGUUCAUGCAGGUCGACCAAGAAAUGCUUUUUGAAAUCAUUCUCGCCUCCAACUACCUUGACAUCAAGCCUCUUCUUGACGUCGGCUGCAAGACCGUCGCCAAUAUGAUCAAGGGCAAGUCCCCUGAGGAGAUCCGCAAGACUUUCAACAUCACCAACGACUUCACGCCCGAGGAGGAGGAGCAGAUCCGUCGCGAGAACGAGUGGGCCGAGGACCGAUAA